CUUAAUCCUUAAUAUUAAAACCUUUGCGGUUACCAUUCCUCUAUAACUAAUUUCAUUUCCCUGUUCCUUUCACAAUCUUUCCAAACGCCAUGAUCGGUGGUGGCAAUGGCGGUAACGGCGGAUCCAAGAAACGCCACCGUGUCGGAAGCAACAGCCGUUUAUCAUCCACCGCGGCGGUGAUCGAUUCCUCUCGUCUCGACGGAACCCUAACCGAAGGCUCUCACAAACCCUUACCAACAUCAUCCAUCCGCCGAUCAAAUUCACGUCAUUCUUUCCUCCCUAUUGCAUCCUCCGUCCCCAAUGGAUUCAAUGACCCUAACACCGCUGAUGUCAUCCUCCGUCUCUACCUCGAUCAGUCAUCACCUUUUGAUUCAGACGAUUCAGAAACGGCAGUGGCUGUUGAUUCCACAUCGGAAUUCGAGAUCUAUCUCCAUUCUUCUGUCCUCCGCCGAUCGAAGUACUUCUCCGCACUUUUAUCUGAUCGAUGGAAGAAGGACUCAGGGGAAGUUGAUUAUUACAGGUUUAAUUUAGCCGUGACUGCAGGUUCGAUCAACAAUCAUGUCACUGUUCUUCAACUUCUGUAUACCAAUGAAAUAUCAAGCACUAUUGAUACAGCAUCUAAAGCGCUAGAGUUACUUCCAAUUGCCUUGGAAUUACUGUUUGAGGACUGUGUAACGGCCUGCGUCCGAUACCUUGAAGCUGUACCGUGGACAGAGGAGGAAGAAAUAAUCGUGUUAAGUAUAAUCCCCCUUUUACGAGAUGAGGAGUCAGUGGAACUUUUAGCUAGGGUUUCACCUCCAAAGUCGGAUUUAUCAGAGGAAAUGCUUCACGGAUUGAUAUUAACAGCGAUUCAUAAUCAUCCAAACAUGGCGUUUGCAAAAGCGUUUGUUGCAAAACUCUUAAGGGACUUUUCAUCCAGGGAAUCCGCAAGAAGAGUUUUGGAUAAAUCUUUUGAGACCAGUUUGAAGGUGGUAAAAGAGUCCUUGGAGGAGUAUUCCAGUCCAGACUUUCGUGGUGAUCAUAACGAGACUGAAGCAAUUCAGAGGUUGAAUUUGCACACUGCAAUGACAAAUGGGAGGCAUUUAUUGUGGUUGAUUGAGCGGAUGAUUGAGUUAAGAGUAGCUGAUACUGCUGUGAAGGAAUGGAGUGAACAGGCUUCUUUUACUGCCGAUUUGCAGAGGGCAUUUAGGGAUGAUGCAUGGAGGAAUAUUGUUCCUGGUCUUCCUGCUGUGGUUCUUAGGUGUACCUGCAAGCUUGCCAAUGCUGUUGCUUCUGGUGUUAUUUUGGCCUCUAGACAGGUUAGGAUGAAAAUGGUGAAAGAUUGGCUUCCUGUAUUGAUUGUAUGCAAAGACAAUGUCACACCAAUGUUGACAAAUCAUAAAUCACUCUACCUGGAAUUGGAAGAAACAUUCUUGAAAAUCAUAUCAACAUUGCCUAUGUCCGAAGCUCAAGAAUUGUUGCAGCAAUGUCUCAGUUUUUCAACUCGAAAUGUUGAGGAUUGCCCUCAUUUAGUUUCAGCAUUCACCACGUGGUUUCGCCGUGCAAAUCGACAAUUACCAGAGAUGUAUGACGAUCUUUUGGGGGAGUAAGAGCUCCUUGUUAUUCGAAUAUAGUGGCUGCUAAAGUCAGACGUCAAAGGUAUUAAGAAUGAAGAGAAGCAUCGGCGAGGAAUCUAUAACUUUAGAUAUAACUUCUAAUAUAGUUUCACAUUACAAAUGAUGCAUAUUGAUAUUUUUCCCUUUCUAUAAUACAUUUUUUUUUCUUCUUAUAAUUUUGUUAUCAUGUCAUAUUUUCAUUGAUGAAAGCAGAUCAUGAUGCAUGAAAUAACCCUUAAUACAUA